AUGAGUUCAGAAAAGGAAAAUGUCAUGGAUAUGAAGUCAAUCAACUACCGUGGUCCGGCAAUUGAAGAAGUUGAUUCUAUUUCUCCUACAAACAAUGCAGGGCUUAUAGACGGGAGUUUCUCUGGCAGCCCAUAUCUGAGUGACAGUAGAAGCAGCGGCAGCAGCACCAUAGAGCCAGUUUCCGAUUCCACUUACCAUGCCAAAAUUGGCAAACCGAUUUACAAGCGCAUCGUCGACUCGUUCAAGCCCAUGGAUUUGGAGGAUUUGGGGAUCGACACUGAGGGAAUGACUCAGUUGGAAAAAUCCGUCAUAGCGACUAGCCAAAGUCGUUUAGUCAGAGACUUGAAGACGUACCAUUUGAUAGCAAUUUCAUUGGGUGGCCUGAUAGGUACGUUUUUUUCUUUUUUUCAAUAACAGAAGAAGUAAUAGGGUCCUGGUGGCUGCGAAGAUGGAACACGUACUAACAAUGAAUGCAAAAAAAAUUAGGUACCGGUUUAUUUGUAGGCUCGGGAAAUGCAUUGGCAUAUGGGGGCCCUGCUUCUAUGGUGAUUGGAUACUUUAUCGUGUGCUGUGCAUUGUUAACCGUGAUAAACGCCUUGGGAGAGUUGUCGGUCCAGUUUCCAAUCAAUGGGUCCUUCAACACAUUCUUUUCCCGGUUUAUUGACCCUUCGUGGGGUUUCACGUUGGCCAUCAUGUACUAUCUUAGCUGGGCCAUUUCAUACCCGUCGGAGCUAAUCGCCGCAGCUAUGACUAUUCAGUAUUGGAACACGUCGAUAAACUCAGCUGUUUGGGUAGCGAUUGUGUGGGUCGUUGUGUCAUCGAUCAACUUUUUUGGGGUCAAGGGCUAUGGUGACGUUGAGUUUGUCUUGACAAUCAUCAAAGUCGUCGCAGUAGUUGGCUUUCUCAUUGUUGGGAUUUGCAUCACUUGUGGCGUUGGCGAUCAGGGCUACAUUGGCGGGAAAUACUGGCACGACCCCGGAGCAUUCAACCAUGGCUUCAAAGGCGUUUGUUCUGUUUUCAUCUCGGCUGCAUUUUCCAUGGGCGGAUUAGAGCUCUGCGCAUUGGCCGCUGCCGAGACCAAGAACCCUAGAAAGGCAUUGCCAAAAGCAGUGAAGCAGACUUUUUGGAGACUUACCAUCUUUUACUUCUUGACCUCGAUUGUCAUUGGAUGUCUUGUCCCAUACACUAAUCCAAACUUGUUGGAUGGCAGCGGGAUAGCCGCGUCUCCCUUUGUGAUCGCGAUAAACGCGGGAGGAAUCAAGGUAUUGCCCCACAUUAUGAAUGCAGUGAUCAUUGCUGCCGUGAUUUCGGUGGGCAAUUCGUCUGUUUUUGGUGCUUCUCGUACAUUGGCCGCGUUGGCAGCCCAGGGGAUGAUCCCCAAGAUCUUUGGCUACAUCGACAGGAAAGGACGCCCGCUUGUGGCGAUUGUGAUCACCUCGUUGAUUGGCCUAUUGGGUUUUCUUGUCGUCAACAAGAACGAAGAAGCCGUGUUCACGUGGUUCUUUGCCGUGUGUUCGUUAGCGUCGUUUUUCAUCUGGUCCAUGAUCAACGUGACGCAUCUCCGAUGGCGGUGGGCUUUGGACGCUCAAGGACGGUCCAAAGACGAAAUCAUCUUUAGGUCCCCCUUUGGCGUGGUGGGCUCGUUUGCCGGGUUGGCCGUGCUAAUCUUUAUCAUCGCAACGGAGAUCUGGGUCAGUCUAUACCCUAUAGGCAGCACUGGUGCCAGUGUCGAGACCUUUUGGCAAGAUUGCUUAUCGUUGCCGUUGUUGCUUGCGAUAUGGGCAGCUCACAAGACCUACUACAGAACGUGGAACCGACUCUGGGUCAAGCUCGAAGACAUUGAUUUGGACUCCGGGAGACGCGAGAUCAGCCUCGAAGACUUGAAACAAGAGCUUGCUGACGAAAGGGAGGCCUUGCAUUCGAAGCCGUUCUACUAUAGAGUAUACCAUUUCUUCUGCUAA